CUCCGCAACCGGAACGCACUCCGCCAAGUUUCCUCCACUACCAGCGUCGGUUCCUCCACUGAAUCCAGGAGCAACCGAACAACAAAGCAGCCGUUCUCUCUUCCUUCCUCGCUUUGUUUCAGGGAAAGCAACCGUUCUCAAAACACAAGAAACAACAAGAGCAGAUUUUCCACGCCAGCAAGCGAUCAAACCCAAGCGAUCGAUCCUCUACACUACGUGCCACUACUACGUGACAUGCCACGCAGACACGGCCAAGUCUCGAGCGGCAGCGGGGAGGAGAGCGCGCCAUGGUCAUGGAGAUGGCGAGCGCGAGGAGGCGGGCGAGGCAGCUCAGCGGCGACCACGCCGUGCUCUGGAGCGCCUGCGUCCUCCUCUCCGCCGCCUCGCUGCUCCUCGCCGCCACCCUCUCCUCGGGCUUCGGGGCCGCCAGGCUCUCCGCCGGAGAGGUCAGCGUGGUCGUGCGGGCGAGCACCGGCGCUGUCGUCGUGACGACGGACGGAGACGCUGCCGUCGACAACGGCCGCGGGCACUGCGGCGACGCUGAUCACGACGGCAUGCUAACCGACGGCGAGUGGGUGCGCGAGGAAGCGGGCGUGGCCCCUCUCUACGACUCGAGGGAGUGCCCGUUCGUCGACGUGGGGUUCCGGUGCCGGGAGAACGGCCGGCCGGACGACGGGUACGCCCGGUGGAGGUGGCGGCCGAGGCACUGCGAGCUCCCGAGGUUCGACGCCGAGAAGCUGCUGGAGGUGCUCCGGAACCGCCGGCUGGUGUUCGUCGGUGACUCCAUCGGGCGCAACCAGUGGGAGUCGAUGCUCUGCAUGCUCUCCUCGGCCGUCGCCGACGCCGGGGCCUCGGUGCGCGAGGAGCACGGGAGCCCCAUCACCAAGCACAAGGGCUUCCUCUCCUUCCGGUUCCUCCGCCACAACCUCACGGUGGAGCACUACCGGUCGCCGUACCUGGUCCGGCGCGGCGGCCGCCCCCGCCGCGCGCCCAGGCACGUCCGCUCCACGCUCCAGCUCCGCGCCAUGGACUCCAGGGCGCACCUGUGGAAGGGCGCCGACGUGCUCGUCUUCAACUCCGGCCACUGGUGGAACCACGACCGGCUCCAGCAGCUGCAUUGCUACUUCCAGGAAGGCAAGAGGCUGAGGCUGGACAUGAGCGUGGAGGCGGCCUACCAGAGGGCCAUGGACACAGUGCACGAAUGGGUCCAGAAGGAGGUGGACGCCGGCAAGACCCUGGCCGUGUUCAGAACCUACUCGCCGGCGCACAAUAGGCACGUCUCCUCUGCUGGUCUUGUGAAUUUCAGCCAUGAUUUGCACUGAUAAGUAGCAAUUUGCUU